AUGGGUCAAUUCUAUUUGUCUUUUUUAGCGUUUUUAGUGUUCGUUUUGCCUUUGGCGAAAUGUACAGAUUUGGGAAAAGAUGGUUUUAAUUUCUAUAAAGAUUACCUACGGGCCCGUUCGGAGGAUAAUUUAGACGAUGCGCCAUUACCAGAACGAAUGCUAUAUUUUUAUCGAACACCGGUUCAGCUGAGUUCCGGUGUCAUACCGUUUACGGACCAAGAAUACAGAAAGCGGACAGGAAAUGUAUUUAAAAAUCAUAUGCUCAACAAAGAGUUAUGGAUUGGUGAGAUGCCGAAAAAGCGUACAUCGAAGACUGCAUUAUCGUUAAUGUUACAUACCAAGCACCCGUAUCACAUGUCAAACAAUAUUUCCGAAGAAGAAAUUUAUGUAUCUGCCCCACAAUAU